GAAGGAGAGCCCAAUGUGUUCUCUAAUUUCCUUUUGCGUCCGUCCACAGUUGGCGCGAACACUUUGGAGUGCCUGAAAAUUUAUUUUGAAGAAUAUAAUUAAAAGAAGCUCAAUUCAAUUACCUAUUUUCAACCACUUUGAUAACAUUUGCCUUCAAUUUCACGAGAAGUAGCUACUGGUCAAAACUAAGCUUUAUCCAUCAAAGGACAAGAAUCUUCGAUAAUGGCGUCUGGGCCUAAAUCCAAUCUUGCUUCUGGCAAGGCAAAUGAUACAAGGGUUCUUGCAUUGAAAUGCAAAUGGAAUGGCUGCGGAACAACGCUUGCACUACCUGCAGAUGGGUAUCAGGCAUUUGCUGAGCAUGUUCUCAGACACUUAAAAAGCUAUUUAGAUGAAAUAAUGCCAUGUAGAAAUGACGAAGAAACAACACUUGCUCUGCCACUUAAAUGUCUGUGGUUUGAAUGCCAGUCAGAAAUACGACGAAGUGUUGGGGAGUUUACGCGUCAUGUUAUGUUCCAUGCCUAUCACUCAAAACUAAAGUGCCUUGGAGCUUUUAUUGUGAUUGCUGAAAAGCUAAGACAGUGUUCGUUUGAUGUAGAAACACAGGAUUUAUUGCCAGAUUUAUCUGAUCCGUUUCUCUGCAGGUGGGAAUCCUGUGGCCUUGAAUUUUAUUGCCCAGAUCAGUUUUAUAGACAUGUAGACAUGCAUGGUCACGAAGCACAUCGUGAAGAUGUUUUAGUUACAACAGGAGAAAAAGUGAAGGCUAAGAAUGAUGGAGAAUUUGAAGAAGAGUUAGAAGGGCUAACUGUCCAAAAAAUGAUGCAAUCUGUAUGCAGGUGGGAAGGAUGUUCAUAUUUGGCAAAAGAUCCUUGGAAAAUCAAAGAGCACUGCAGAACUCAUACUGGGGAAAGAAAAAUAGCUUGUCCAAGUUGUGGAAUGUUUUUUGCUAAUAAGACUAAAUUGGCAGACCAUUUGAUUCGACAGGAUACAGAGCAAUAUGAGAAUUUUCAAUGUUCUCAUUGUUUGAAAAGAUGUGCUAGUGAGAGACUUCUCAGAGAUCAUAUGAGACAUCAUGUGAACCAUGUGAAGUGCCCUCACUGUGAUAUGACCUGUCCAAAUCCAUCUGCUUUGAGAAGUCAUUUGAAGUUCAAGCACUCCCUUGAUCGUCCAUUCAAGUGUUCUAUGUGUGAUUACAGUUGUAAGACCAAACAUGAUCUUCAGAGGCAUGAAGAAAUUCAUUUUGAAAAAAGAUUUGGUUGUGAAGUUGAAGGUUGCUUUUAUGAAGGAAAAACCAUGUCUGGCUUGCGAGCACAUGUUAAAGCAGUACACAAUCGAAGCGGUGUGAGGCAGUUCAUGUGUCAUAUAUGCGAAAAGACAUUGUCACGUGGCUUUCUUUUGACGAAACAUCUCAAGAAAGCUCACCAUUUCAGCUGGCCAUCGGGACACUCGCGUUUUCGUUAUAAGCUCGAUGAAGAUGGAUAUUAUCGACUACAAAUGGUGCGGUUUGAAAGCGCUGAAUUGACAGAACAGCUGUCUGGAGGGGAGAAUUCUCGAGGCGAUAAUCUGUUAAACGGCGAAGAGGAAUCAGGAUCUGUUAUUAUUGAUGAAAGCUCUAUCCAAAACUCAGUGAUCAUGAGAGAUUUGUCUGCAGAAGCUGCUGGUACGGAUUCAGCUGUGAACUCUGUUAAUUUCAGCAGUAAUGACAGCCCGGACCUUGCGCAAGCUGGAUUGUCAACCCCCCAACCAAACUCAGGGGUUGUCUCUCUAAACCUGAAUGAAGGGUACGAAGUCCUUUUGCGAUAUUAUGAAAUGACAAAAGAAAAUGAGAAUCUGAAUUCAGAUUUUAAGUCUUCAAAUCAAAAUGUUGGCAUUGCUGAGGAUUUGGGGAAAGCUAAAGAAGUUGCAGAGUCCGAAUAUUAUCAAGAGCGAAUUGACAGAAACUCUGAAACGAAAGCAAAAAGAAAGCAACUGGCGAUCGAUCAAAAACACACCAAAAGACGAAGAAAAGAUAAUCGCUGAAUUGACCUGUAAAUAAUUCGUUGCUAGAUAUUUAUGUUAAUGAUUUCAAAGACUUCUUUUAAUUCGUGGAUCUAACCAUUCCUAUCUUUAACAACUGAACGCUCUGCUAUGGAAUAAAUAGAUUUACCGUUACUGUUGAACUGUUACGGUUAGGGCUAUUUUCCUAUCAAACGUUUGCCUGUGAAUCUGAUUCACUGCAUCAAAACUGUUUUAAAGGAAAUCCACAUUCAAGAGAUACACUAUGUGCCAACGUCUAUGCCCAUUUAAGAGUACAUAAAUUUAGAAAAUCAAAAGCCCUUUGCUCCAGAGCUUUGUGGUAUUCGGGUUACGCCAGAUAAUAUUUAGAAAGUCUGCAAAUAUCUCGUAAACCCGGUCGUUUAUCCUAGCAAGAUUGCAAUGCUAGGAACAUAGAGCUGAAUCCACUCGACUUGUUUGUGCAGCCUCUGAAAUACAGCCUUACAUGUGCAGCCUUUUCCCGUAUCACCACUAGGUCAGAGGAUACAGCUUGACCAUAACUUAACUGUCGUUGUCCCGAAACCCUUCCUCAAUGGCAAAUGCUAACCACGAGACUUAAGAACAGCGUUUAUAUGAUGAAUGAUCAUGUUUGUUUUGUAAGUUUGUAUUGAUGAUAUUAUUUCUGUUGUUAUUGUUUGAUGUUGAUGA